AUGAUGUUAUUUUGCAAUUAAAAUAUUUAUGUACAUGUGUAAGAGAGAGAGAGAAGAACUCUACAGGCCGUAAUUAACCUUAUAUGAAAAGCGAGAACUCUGGCACACAAUCCUCGAAAAUAGGGGGAACGUGAGUCUGGUGGCCUAGAGAAUGGGAAAACCUUAGGAGACAAUAGAGUAGGAUUUAUUGGAGAUAUUCGUGGAAUGUCUACUGAUAGUCAAUGAUCAUUUGGGGUAGAGCAAGAAUGAAGCAAUAAUAUAGAAGUUGAAGGCGGACAAUGUGGUGUCGGUAAUACAAUUGGCAUCAAGAAACAAUUCCUAUUACACAAGUGUGAAGAAUCUCAACUUAUUGUUGAACAUGAUUCAAUGUGCAUUGUAGCAGGACGAUUUGGAAAAAAAUUUGAGAGAUUUAUAAAAAUAAUCUAAAUUUGAAUGUCUGUUUUUUGAGAUCAAAUGUUUAUUUUAGGAUCAAAUAAACGAUCUAUCAGAUGACGAAUAACCGCAAAUAGUGAUUGUGAAUAACGAUGUUCAGACCAAUGGCACAUUCAGAGAUAUGUAUAUAGAUUUGGAUUUGCCAUAGGAGGAGCAAAGCAAACAGGACAAGAGGAACACAAUAUCUGACAAGCAAUUUCUAACGCAAUUGAACAAGAUAAUGACAGAGAAGUAGAUUCCGUAUUGGGAACAGGUAGUCGUACGGUGGAAUCUUAUGCAAAAUAUAUUUAAUAAUUGAUUUCUAUGCAAUUAAUUGUUUUACUUAAUAAUAAAAUGAAAUAUUUUAUAAUACUCUUAUUGGUUUUAAUAUCUGGGGCUAGUUUGUCUUGCGAUUACUACUAGUCCGAAAUAGAUUGCAUCUAAAAUAGCGAUUCCAAAUGCAGAUGGAAUGAAAUAACAAGUCAAUGUUUGUAUACGGAUGGAGUCAAUUUUGGAUGCUCCAAUUUACUCAGCUUCCAAACUUGCAUAGCCUAAACCUAUUAUCCAGAUGGAACAAUGGCAGAAUGUAAUUGAAAAUUGAUGAAAACCAUAGGCAUUUUUAGCGGAUACUGUCGUAAGGUGACCACCUUAUUAAGCAAUUGUUCGAAGAAUCUCUCCCGGGCAGCUUGUUUGGCAGUCCAAGACGACUAUUGUUUUUGGAAUGAUAGUUGUUAAACCAUUUCCGAAUCGGAAGCCAACAGUAUAGCUUGGAGCGCAUCGGAUUCAAUUCAGUUGGUGAGUGUGAAGAUUUGUCGUUUGAUAACGGCAUCGGCAGGUAAUGAGUAAGAAUAACGAGUUAAGUUGUUCAUCAAUCCGGAGCCCAUUUGGUUUUAACCACCCUUUAUAAGACGUACAUAUUGAGUAAUCAGGCGAACACAUAUAAAGAAUUGAUGUUGAUUCCCGGUUGCGUAAAGCCUCCUGAAAUGGUCUACUAGUAUUUGGGGUGUUCUUCAGCAGGUUUAAACAAGUUAGGAUGUAUAAAAAUAUCAACUGAGAGUUGCAUCUUUGCGGAUGGGAAAUGUUAAUAAGUUAAAUCUACUGGAUAUCUUAAAUGCUCGGAUGCUUUGAAUUAGUUGGCAUGUCUCUCAGUGACUAAUUUCUCAGAGACCUGCUAUUGGUCUGCAGGAUAAUGCUCAUACAAGUCAGUCAAAGCCAGUGAUGAUUGCUCUUUUGAUAUGUAAGUAUCUCCAAGUGUUUGUGCAAAUGUAUCUAGUAUUGCCUGUUUUUUCGAUUCAUAAACAAAGAAGUGUAACUCAAUGUGCAAAUCACAAAGCAACAUGAAAACGGAGACCAGUUGUCGACAAAGUUCUUCUGGCUGUUACUGGAGUGACGAUAAUGGGUGUCUAUUUGAUGACAAUGAAGAAUGUGGGAAGUUGGGACAGAACAAAUUGUCAUGUAAUAUGGCUAUUUAAAAUUGCUAAUUUAUUGAUGGAUAAUGUUUAAAAAUCAAGUCACUGGAUCAACUGAAAUGUACUAGUGGUUUAAAUGAAAUAAGUUGUUUGAAUUUAAAAAAUCCAAGUUAAGUUUGCUAUUACAAUGGAUCGUAAUGUAAAAUCUUUUAAGUGACUCCUGAAACCAUGUGUGCAGAUCUUACAUCUCAUAAUCCCAAUGCUUGUCGUAAGGUGACUACUGAAGCCUGUUAUUGGAGUGAUGGCAAAUGCAAAACUACUGAUGGAGCCUUGGCUUGUGAACAAGAGGGACUCAAUAGAUUGGGUUGUUUGAAUAGCACAAUGUCAUCUUGUAAAUGGAAUGAAUUCUCUGGUAUGUGCAUGUCAAUUAAAAUCCAGAGAACAGAUGAGUGUUCUACUCUAAAACUAGUUAAUGCUGUUGCUUGUAGGAUGGUAAAUCAUAUCAUCAAUCUCUAACCACAAUUAUGUAAAUAUAAUUCAGAUUCCAACAAUUGUGAGACUUUUGUUAUGAGUAACAGCAUCCGUUGUGACACUAGUGGAAUGAACCAAAAGGGUUGUUCUAGUGUCACCAACUCAUCAUUAAGUUGCCGAUGGUUGUCCAAUCAAUGUGCCACUGUUGAAAGUCUAGGUGGUGCUGUUACAUGUUCCUCACUAUAAAGUGUUACGUCCAAAACCUGUGCAAUGGUUCAAUAAGUAGUUGAAAAAUGCAGAUACGAUUCAAAUGUUUAAAGUUGCUCUGCCUCAGUCGAUCCCAGCACUUCAUGUACUGCUUCUGGUCUAAAUCCAUAUGCAUGUGCCUACUUAAAACAGUCCUGUUACUUUGAUACAGUGAAUUAACAAUGUACUACUGCUACUGAUUUCACCAAUAUCAAAUGCGACACAAAUUUCCCAUCCAAAUCAACUUGUCUGUCCAUCUCAUUAUAGGGAUAAUAUUGUAUAUGGAACUCAAUUGAUUCCAUCUGUUAAUUAUAAACAUUUCCAGUCUCCAAUGAAUGCUCACAAUACAAAAACGUUAACAAAUUGUUUUGCCUAGCUUAUGAAAUCAGUCAGUCCAAAUGGGUAGGCGAUUCAAAUUACUGCACUUACAAUGGUACUACUAAACAAUGUUCACUCUAUACGAGUGCUAAUGACUGGGCUGAUUGCGGGAGUACUUUAGAUAUCAAUUUGCAUGCUUGCAUUAAGUUUUCAAACAAAUCUAUAAAUUGCUAUUUCAACACCACGUCCUUAAAGUGUUAAUAAAUAACUGCGCCAAAUGAUCCAUUACUAAGCUAAUUAUUAUGCAAAUAAUGCGGUAAGAAUUUAUGUUCAAGCAUAUCUACAUCUGGGUAGUAUUGUCUAUGGGUUUCCUCUGCAUAAGAUAUCAAAUGCAAAUUGCUUACCACUGGAUCUGAAUGCAGCAGUUAUUUGAAUGAAUUAGUCAAUUCGAACACCUGUGCUAGUACUAAAUCAGUCUCAAGUUGUAGAUUCGAUCCAAACACUAAGAAUUGUGUGGUAAUUAACAAUGCAGUCAAUAAUUUAUCUUGCGAUGCAAGUGGACUGAAUGAAUAGGCUUGCAUCUCCAAUACAACUGGAGCAUGCUAUUUUGAUAAAUAAGCCUUUAAAUGUUCAUAAGUAACAAAUGACACUGCAAAAAGAAUUGGAUGCAAAGAUUCAGUAAAUUAAUUAGGAUGUUUGGCUGCAUAAAAAGAAGCUUGUUAUUGGGACUAACCCAAUAAAAAAUGCUAGAAUGUGACUGACAUUACAUAUGAUACAGUCACCUGUGCUUCUCUGAAUACUCAAUAAUACAACGCUAUAGUCUGUGCUAUGGUCACUACGUCAAAUGAAAUGUGUGAAUACAAUUCUGGUACCUUCCAUUGUGAUUCAAUUUAAAUGAAUUCAAGUUGUAAAGUAGGUUAGAAUCAAGCAGCUUGCGAAUUGAAUUCCAGUUGUGACACAUUCAAUACUCAUGAAUACUUGUGCUAAUCAAAACCAUCACCACCAUAAAAUGAUUGUAAUAACAAGAAUUCAGAUGCUUCUUGCAUAGGAGUAAAUACAUCUACUUGUGGUUGGUUCAAUAAUACUUGUGUAAGUGUAAAGGUAGAUGAGAAUUCAUAAUGUAAUUAAUUUAACAUUGCAUCAGGAGGUAAGUUCAAUUAAAUGAUUUGUUCUUAGAUCUAGUCAUCAAGUUGUGGUUAUGAUAAUACAAAUAAAGUAUGCAUCACUAUCACAACUGGUAAUAACCCUUGCAAUAUGCCUGGAUUAAAUUUGUUAGCUUGUGUCUAGAAAACAAAAGGAUCUUACUGCGCAUACAGAUAGAAUUCAUGCUAAAUCAUAACUGACAUUUCAAUGGUAAAUGGAGACUUUGAGUAUUUGAAUGAAGAUGCCUGCGUAAAUGUGUAAAAGGUGGCAUGUUAAUUCGACAAAUAAACUUAAUAAUGCAGUGAAAUAUCUGAGAGCACUCUAAUGAAUUUCAGUUGUUCUAGUUAUUCAGACUCAAGCAAGAAAACAGUGAAUAGUAAAACAUGCAAAUAUGCUAAUUCUGAUUCGUCGUGUGUCUAUGAUGCAGUCAAUCAUAUUUGUAAGGUUGAAACUACACCUCUAACACAAUGUAAUUCAAACUCUAGUAUAAAUUCUGUCUAUUGUUUGACUUAUGUUACUUCACAAACCUGUGAAUUCUCAUCUUACACUUGUAGUGUAAUCACCUCAACAGACUUCCCAUGUCCAAGUGCAGUGUCAUUUAAAUAAUGUGUUAAUAGCAGAGUAGUUGCAUGCAAAUGGUAGAAUAAUGAAUGUGUAUACAUAACACCAAACGAUGAUUGUUCAACAUUAACCAAUGUGAAUUCAUAUGCUUGUAUGCAAAACAAUUAUCAGAGUCAAUCAUGUUAAUUUUAGGACAAUGGAUUAUCAUCUCAAUGUGUGAUACCUGCCAAUACAAUGCAACCAUGUGAUGGCCUUAACUAAAUUGCUUGUAUUAAUAACACAGCGAAUUCAUGUUAUUAUUAUUAAAUUUGUAUUGACAUAACUACCUCUCCUUAUGAUGCUCAAUGCACAAGUGAAUAUGCAUUUACAUAAUCUGCAUGUGUUCGAAUCCAAACUCCAAAAUAGUUGUGUCAAUGGAAUAGUGGAUCUUGCACAUCCAUUACCACUCAAUCAACGGACCUAUGUAAUACAUAUGCUUCAAACGUGUAUUCUCCAUAAGUAUGUGCUUCCAUAUUGACUGAACCUUGUUAUUGGAAUAAUGGAUGUGUCACUGGCAAUGCACCAAAUUGCAAUUCAAUGGGAGCCAACCAAAAGGCUUGCGCAGGAGCACUCUCAGGCAAUUGCAUCUUUACAAACAACCUAUGUCUUGAUGUUUUGACAAAUGAUGUUACAUCCUCUAAAUGCAGUGAUCCAUCGAAUCAGAACGGGUGUCUAAAAUUAUAUAAUGGAUAAUCUUGUCAAUGGGCUAGCAAUGCUUGCUCCUCAAUCACUGUAAGCAACAACUGUUUGACCUAUUCUUAAGUAAAUCCUGGUGUUUGUUCACAGACCACUGAUGUUCCCUGUACUUGGAAUGCCAAUUCCUGUCAAGCAGUAACAGUUGCUUCAGCUAAUUGCGACAAAGGAAUGAAUAUGUUAGCAUGUGUUGCAUACACGACAGCCUAUUGUUAUUACCAAAAUGGAAUGUGCAUGCGAGUGACCAAUUAUUCUAAUUUAGAUUGUACAAGCAACUUAAAUGAGAAUGCAUGCAAAGCACAUACUACGAAAUGUUGUCAAUGGGCAUCUAAUAAGUGCGUAGGAUCCAGUUAUCAAAGUACUUGUAAUGGCAUGGCUAAUUACUCAAAAUAUUGUUGUCUCUAACAAGUUGGAGAUUAUUGUACUUACUCUACUACUUGUACAACUUUAUCCUCCCAAAAUUCAAGAUGCCAAGAAGCAAUCAAUAAGACAGCUUGCUUAUGGAUAUUACAACCCUGUAGUUGGGAUUCAACCAAUUUGUUGUGUUCUCCAGUAUCUAAGUCUCAAGGAUGUGAAGAAAAUCUGAAUGCUGCAGGUUGUGUUACUUAAGAUGACUUUUGUAUGUACGAUGAAACUAAUUUAAAAUGCAUCCCAGGUUAGAUUACAUCUUGUAGUGCCUUGAAGUACUCAUCCUUAUCCUAGACCUAUUGUGUUACUGUUACAGAUGUUGGUUGUGCUGAAAGUAACAAUCAUUAUGGAUGUACAUUAACAGGGACCAAUUCAUAAUGCUAAAAUAAAAUGAAUAAAAUUGGAUGUCUCAACAAUAUCAAUAGUUGUUAUUGGGAUUCAAAUGAGUAGACUUGCAAAAAUAUGGACACUAAAAAUCUACCUCUAAAUUGUCCAGGAACAGGACAAAAUGAAGUCAGUAGAGGAUACUGCGCUAAUUUUACUGGGUGUAAAUUAGAUACCACUAAUCAAUGUGUGCCUAUUGAUGAUAGCAAUACUUCAUGUGAUUAAAUGAAUUCAAUCAGUGCCAAAAAUAAUGUAUUUUGUCAAAAAUCAACACUCACAGAUCCUUGUCAAUACAAACCAGUUGAAUAAAAAUGCAGUAGCACUAUCACAGGAAGUGUCUGUAAUGACUUUGUUAAUGUGAUUGGAUGUAAAUAUAUCGAAAAUAAUUGCAUAUGGAAUAAUGCUUCAUGUAUAGGUGUAGCUCCAGGCUCAAUAUUCAGGAGUUGUCCAGAAAUAACAUCAAAAUACACUUGUCUGCAUAAUGUUUCUACUGCUUGCAAAUGGGAUUCCACAAAUCAUCAGUGUUUGACUUAUACUGGGGAUAUGAAACCUUGUUCUGCCUAUGUGGAUACUCCCAUAUCUCCAGGAAUUUGUUACUUCUUUUCAACAGAUUAUUGUGCGCAUAAUGGAUCCUCAUGUUAUCUUGAAACUGAAUAAUCUGUAUGCACCUAAUCAUUCAGUCCUCUGGGUUGCUAGAAAAAUACAUCAUUAAAUUGUUAUUGGAAUAUUCAACUUGGAAAGUGUCUCUAAUUGGCUGAUGAGACUUUGGCCAAAGACAUGACUUGUCCAUUGUUCAAGUACUCUUAAAAAAGAUUCUGUGUUGCUCCGAUCAACGAAGGAUAAAUUUGCCAUUGGACCAACAAUUAAUGCAGAAGUGCUGACACUUAUGAAGUCAGUUGUACUUCUGAAUUAUCAUUAUAUGGAUGUUUGGCAGUAGCAAAGGAAAAUGAGAAAUGUAUAUACAAAGAUAGUUAAUGCCAAUAUAUUGAUACUUCAACUAUUUCUUGUUCAGAUCAUCUCAACGUCUACGGUUGUGUAAAUGUAAUUAAAGAAGGACAGUUUUGUAAAUGGUUGGGUCAGUAAUGCAGCUAACUAGAUGAUACUGAUUAUCAAUUUGCAAUAGAUUAUCACAUCUUAAUUAAUCAACAUGUCUGCAGAAGAGCAUAUACAAUAAAAGAUGGUCUAGUAUAGAAUUUGGAGAAUGUUUCUGUCAAAUAUGAUAGCACUAACUUUAUAUGUGUGUAUGCAGAUAAUGAAACUGAUUUAUGCAGCACUCCAGGAUUGAAUUAUUUUGGUUGUUUGAAGACCAAGGCAGACAGAUGUGAUUGGGUUAGUAACAAAUGUGUAAGUUACAGUAACACCAAUGAAUACUCGACUUGUGAAGAGUAUCAAACAGUAUCACCUAGAGUAUGUUCCUAAAUUAGUUCUAAGAAUCUUAAAUGCUACCAUGAUAGUUCAACCCUAUCUUGUAAAACCUUUGUUGAAACAACUUUGGUGUUCUAAAAUUUUGUGAGUACCUUAAAUGGUUUGAAUAGAUUAGCUUGUCUAAGUAUCACAUAAUAGCCAACCAUAUGGUUGAAUGAAGAAUGUUAGUACAAUACAAUAAUAAGUGGAGUUACUUAAUGCAACGAAUUAAAGAAUGUUAAUUAAGUUUCUUGUUCAUUAAUUGAUGUGGAUGAUGUAGUAUGCAAAUAUUUAUCAGAUGGCUAAUGCACAACUCUCUUUGAUUCUAAAAUUGACACUUGCAAAACAACAGGACUCAAUAGAUUAGGAUGUAUUUUAGUGGAAAAUGAAAAGUGUCAGUUUGUGGAUUACAAAUGCUAGUAUUAUGAUGGGAGUAUUACAGUGUGUAACAAUUUAGUGAAUGUGAAUCAAAAUGUAUGCAAGGCCUUGAAUACCUAAGGAUGCAAGUUCAGUUAUCUCUCCAGAGGUUGCAUCGAUGUAUAUUCGAAUGAUACAUGCGAUGCUCCAGGCAUUAACCAAAUAGGUUGCACUCAAUUGUAAAAUUGUAAGUAUAUCAAUUCUGAAUGCAUCUGCUCAGGACUGGUUUCAGUGUAUGAAAUUAUCGAUUGUACACUUUACACAAGGGAUAAAUGCACUGCUUCUUAAUGCAUUUAUGAUUUGCAAUAGAGUAAAUGCAGGAACAGGGUUUGCAAUGACAUCUCUUUAGAUCUGUGUGACUCCACCAAGAUUAAUCAAUAUUAAUGCUUUAAGAAUAAGUCUCAAUGUCAACCUGCAAGUAAAUGCUCUGAUUUAUUCAAUGUAACUGAUUGUACUAAAUUUAAAAUCAAUAAUAAGAAGUGCAAUAUCGACAUCUACAAUAAUAAUCACUGUAUUGAUUAAAGUUGUACCCACUUCACUUAAGACCAAUGCGGUGGCAAUUGCAUGUGGUCCUAUUAUGAAUGCCAACUUAAACUCUGUAAGUAUUUGAAGAAGGAUGAAUGCACUGGUUAUUUCAAUAAUGAGCAAUGUAUUUGGCAUGAUAAUUUAUGCGUUGGUGUGACUUCAUGCGAAGAGUUCAUUCAAUAUGUUAAUACAGAUACUUAAGAGACAUCUUGUAAUCAGCAAUCAAUUGCUGGAAAAUAAUGUUAUUGGUUAUAGAUUUAAUCUUUCAGUAAUAAAUAUUCUUGUAUUUCCUAAUUGUGCUUACAAUAUGGUUCAAGUGCCAACAAUUGCAAUGGAGCUGAAAUCCAAUCCCAAUUGUGUGUCUUGCUUCCUAACAAUCAAUGUACAGCAUGUAAUGAAAUCACUGAUGCUUGUACUUGCAUGAAUAUGGGAAAUUAUUGCUAUUACAAUUCGAGCAGUGGAUGUCUAUCAAAUCUAUGCUCAAACAUGGAUCAAACCCAAUGUGAAUUAGCUAGCGACAGAUGUGUGUAUGUUGAUUCGCAAUGCAAAUAAAUUUGUACUAAAUUGCAGAUGGAAUAAUGCAAGUAAAGAAGCACUGAUUGCCAUUGGAAUUCAAAUACUUUGAUGUGUGAAGAGGGAAUAGAAACAGAAAUUUCUAUCAAUACUCUUUCGGAUGUAAUCGAGGUAGAGACCAGCCAAUAUUCAUCGUUGAUAACAGUUGCAUCCAUAAUUGCAUUGUUCUAUAAUUGA